CAGAUAGAGAGAGAGAGAGAGAGAGAGAGAGAGAGAGAGAGAGAGAGAGAGAGAGAUUAAGCUUUACCCAACUGUUGUUUUAAUCCCCUGAGCGGAUAGAUUUAGAUGAAAAAAACACUAUUGGUUUGGAGCAGAUCAGCCAUUUUUAUGGACCGUUUGUGGAUAAAGUGGACUUGGAGGAGAAAGACAACAGUCUGAGGAGAAAAGAGACUUUUCUUAGCUUGGACUUUUCACUUCUCAGCUACUGACUGACUGCUUUACUUCACUUCUAAACCUUUUUAUUAUUUAUUUACUGACUUCCUUCAGUUCACAUUUGUGACAUUGACAUCAUGAAGGACCGACUGGAGCAGCUGAAGGCGACUUGUGACCAUGACGACGAGGACGUGGAGAUCGCCGUGGAUAACGCAGCGUUCAUGGACGAUUUUUUCACCCAGAUCGAAGAAAUCCGAAACAGCAUUGAAAAGAUUGAUGAAAACGUAGCUGAAGUGAAGAAAAUUUAUUCCAUUAUUCUGUCUGCGCCGACAUCUGAUCAGAAAACACAAGAUGACCUGGAGGCCAUUACCAAUGACAUUAAGAAGAUGGCCAACAACGCACGCAACAAGCUGAAGACCAUUGAGAGGGAACUUGAGACUGGGGAAGAGGAGAGAGUGUCCGCUGAUAUGAGAAUACGCAAAUCACAGCAUGCAGUUCUGUCAAGGAAGUUUGUGGACGUGAUGACAAAAUACAACGAAGCUCAGGUGGACUUCAGAGACAAGAGCAAAGGACGCAUUCAGAGACAGUUAGAAAUCACUGGUAAAGUCACUACUGAUGAGGAGCUGGAGGAAAUGUUGGAGGGGGGCAAUACAGCAGUUUUCACCGCCGGGAUCGUAGAUUCGGGAAUCUCCAAGCAGGCGCUAAACGAGAUCGAGUCUCGUCACAAAGACAUCGUACGGCUGGAGAGCAGCAUAAAAGAACUACACGACAUGUUCGUGGACAUCGCCAUGCUUGUAGAGAGUCAGGGUGACAUUAUUGAUAACAUAGAAGUGAAUGUGUCAAAAGCAGUGGAUCAUGUUGCAGUAGCAAAGGUUGAAACAAAGAAAGCAGUCAGGUAUCAGAGCAAAGCGCGGAAGAAAGUGGUGAUUAUAGUGUGUGUUGUAUUGGUCCUUCUGGCCAUCAUUGCGCUCAUAAUAGGGCUGUCAGUAGGACUUAAGAAAUAAGUCACUGUUGCUGAAAAUUAUCAUCUUGGGUGUGAUCUGUGCUGUGGUUUUGGUCAUCAUCGUUAUCAUCAUCCUCACACAGACACUUUGAGACCACACCCAUUUUUGUGACUCCUCCCACUCUAGUCAGUUAUUCCGGUCCCCGUUUCCUCCAUCAUCCCUGCUUCGAGAGGGAAGACAAAAGAUAAACACCCUUCUCAUCUGUCACUGUGUCCUCAUGUCCUCACUGACGAUUCCUCACCUUGGCUGUAUGAAAUUGUGCUUUCAUUUAAAGCACUUUGACUCCUGGGGUCGAUCGUGAAAAGCGAACCUGUUUUGCGUAAACGGACAGGACUAUUUUGUUGAAGUAUGGACUGUACAGAGAAAUAGACCUCCACUUUUCCUACUUUAACAUUUUUAAUGGUGUGCUCUACACCAAAGACUUGACUUAAUCAUACACGGAUCCUAAAUGUACUGAAUUUUGUUAUUUCUUAUUACGAAAUACUUUUAUGCCUUCAUCCACCAGAACGUCAUGUCACUUCAUGUCACGUCACAUCGUGUGUGCCGUUUCAUAUACCUCUGUGGAACUAAGUCUCACAUGCUGAGUCUCACUUGCUGAAUGCAAAUACACACAUGGGAGAUACUCUGUAAUUUCAGUCGGAUUUACGUUUCACAAAACACUCAGUGAUGUUGUGUUUUUAGAGUUUUGGCAACACAUCCAUCACAUGAUAUUUCUUUCAUAAGGUCCAGUGUUUAGAUCUCAGUCCAGAUGGGUUGAUGUGUAGGAAUUUGCACUCAAUCUUGAAUGUUUCAUUUCACUGGAAUAAUAAUAAUAAUAAUAAUAAUAAUAAUAAUAAUAAUAAUUAUUAUUAUUAUUAUUAUUAUUAUUAUUAUUAUUAUUAUUAUUAUUAUUAUUAUUAUUAUAUUAUUGUUAUGGAACUUACAAGCACAUCAUAUGUGUGCUUGUAAGUUAUUAUUAUAAAAUAAUAAUAAUAAUAAUAAUAAUAAUAAUAAUAUUUUUAGAUAAUAAUAAUAAUAAUACGUAUAUUAUUAUUAUGGAACAUACAACCACACCUAGGAAGGAAAAAGUGGAAUUAAGUUGUGUAUUUAAAUCACUUUCCUGUAAAAAAAAAAAAAAAAUUUAUGUCACUUGAGGAAUAAAUGAUUUUAUAUUUUUAA